AUGCACCCCUCGGCCGCGUCUCCCUCCGCGAGCACGGCGCCGCCGGGGUUCGCCCUCGGCCGCGUCUCCCUCCGCGAGCACGGCGCCGCCGAGGCGGAGACCCCCUCGCCGCAGGAGGAGAUCCCCUCGCCGCAGGAGAUGAUCCCCUCGCCGCAGGAGGAGAUGAUCCCCUCGCCGCAGGAGGAGCCCCCCUCGCCGCAGGAGGAGACGAUCCCAUCGCCGCAGGAGGAGAUGAUCCCCUCGCCGCAGGAGGAGCCCCCCUCGCCGCAGGAGGAGACGAUCCCAUCGCCGCAGGAGGAGACGACCCCUUGGCCGCAGGCGGAGAUCCCCUGGCCGCAGGCGGAGAUCCCCUGGCCGCAGGCGGAGACGACCUGGAAGUUAGGUCCUCUUCUGCUAUAUCACUCAAUUAUGUCCCUGAAAUCUUGUGCCAAUUUACGAUGGAUCGUCCUGCUCUCAGGCGACAAGCCCUUCUUCACCAUUGUCUUGUCUAAGGGCCAUGUAGAGAAGCCUGCCCAGCUGGUUUGUAUAGAGUGCAAGAAGCUCGGUCCGGGGUGGAGGGACUUUGUCGUCGCCAACCGUCUGCGCAUCGGGGACGCCUGCGUCUUCGAGCUCAUCACGCCAGUUGCUGGAGGAACUGGGAGUGAGGGUGAUGGGAAGGUGGUGUUCCGGGUGUAG